AUGGGUCGUGAUCUAUUCGGUAUAAAGUUCAGUGCUCAUUUAGCUGCUCAUCUUACACCAGAAUGGCGUUCUCAAUAUCUUCAAUACGAAGCUAUGGUUGCUAUUCUUUACGCUGCUUUUGAUCGUGCUCCAUCUCAUGCAGAAACAACUCGCUAUCGGUAUUUUUCACGCAUUGAUGAACGAUUUUUUGCUUAUUGUAAUAAAGAACUUCUGAAAAUGAAUGCCUUUUUUGGUGAAAAAUUAUCUGAGAGUAUUCGACGUUUUGAACAGCUUCGUACAGAAUUAAACUAUUUUAAAAAACCUCUAAGAAUCAAUGAAUCUCAACAAUCAAUAGUUCAACGAAGACGACGACAUCGAAAACUGCUUCGCUCAAAUUAUAACCAUAUUGAUGAUUUAAAAUUAGCGUUUAGUGAACUUUAUUUAUUAUUAAUACUUUUACAAAAUUAUCAAACUUUAAAUUAUAUGGGUUUUAAAAAAGUUUUAACUAAACAUGAUAAAUUAUUUCAAAAACUGAAUGGAAUAGAAUGGUUAAAGAUAAAUAUCGAUUCAUCACCAUUUGUUAGUAAUCAACAAGUAUCAAGUUUAAUUGAUGAAGUUGAAACUGUAGUAACUGAUCAUUUAGAAAAUGGAAAUAGAAAUACAUUUUUCUAA